UUUAAUGUUUGUAGCAGUAUAGUUGGGAACAGAAAUAAAUAUAAACUUGUGGCAUCACUAACUCGCAAAUUGUAUUCCCAUGUCGUUGUCAAAUCUUACUGUCAAAAUAGCAGCAAACAAAAUCUUACAAGUCAUCGGAAUUGUGUUUUAAGAAUUUUUGCAUUUAAUAUUGUAAAAUAAAAUAAUUUCAUUCGAAUUACUCUAAACUAUAAAAUAAUGGCAACAACUCUUGAAGACAAAUCAAUUUGGGAUGAUGGAGAAGAAGCACUUGGUGAAGAAGUUUUGCGUAUGUCCACCGAUGAGAUUGUCAGCAGGACGCGGCUUAUGGACAAUGAAAUAAAAAUUAUGAAGAGUGAGGUUAUGCGUAUAUCUCAUGAUAUUCAAGCUCAAAAUGAGAAAAUCAAGGACAAUUCUGAAAAAAUUAAGGUUAAUAAAACCCUCCCCUAUUUGGUGUCUAAUGUCAUUGAGUUGCUAGAUGUAGAUCCACAGGAAGAGGAAGAUGAUGGGGCUGUGCUUGUAUUGGAUAAUCAACGAAAAGGCAAGUGCGCCGUCAUAAAAACAUCAACACGUCAAGCUUACUUUUUGCCUGUAAUUGGUCUCGUUGACGCUGAAAAGUUAAAACCAGGUGAUCUAGUAGGUGUUAAUAAAGAUUCUUAUCUAAUAUUGGAGACACUACCUGCUGAAUAUGAUGCUCGCGUUAAGGCUAUGGAGGUUGAUGAGCGGCCUACUGAGCAAUAUUCUGAUAUAGGUGGUCUAGAUAAACAAAUUCAGGAAUUAAUAGAAGCAGUUGUUCUGCCCAUGACACAUAAGGAUAAAUUUAAAAACUUAGGCAUACAACCACCAAAAGGCGUACUUCUUUACGGUCCACCUGGUACUGGCAAAACUUUACUUGCCCGUGCUUGCGCUGCGCAAACAAAAUCAACUUUUCUUAAAUUGGCUGGUCCACAAUUAGUACAAAUGUUCAUUGGCGACGGUGCAAAAUUAGUACGAGAUGCUUUUGCGUUAGCAAAAGAAAAAGCUCCAGCUAUUAUCUUUAUUGAUGAAUUGGACGCUAUUGGUACUAAGCGUUUCGAUUCGGAAAAGGCUGGUGAUCGUGAGGUCCAACGAACUAUGUUAGAAUUGUUAAAUCAAUUGGAUGGUUUUAGUUCAACAGCUGAUAUCAAAGUAAUAGCUGCUACAAAUCGCGUAGAUAUAUUAGAUCCUGCACUUUUGCGUUCAGGCCGUUUGGAUAGAAAAAUCGAGUUCCCGCAUCCAAAUGAAGAGGCGCGUGCACGUAUUAUGCAGAUUCAUUCACGAAAAAUGAAUGUAAGUAAUGAUGUUAACUUCGAGGAACUAUCUCGUUCAACUGAUGACUUUAAUGGUGCACAAUGUAAAGCAGUGUGUGUGGAAGCUGGUAUGAUUGCCUUGCGACGUUCAGCUACGUGUGUCACACAUGAAGACUUUAUGGACGCAAUUAUGGAGGUACAGGCUAAGAAAAAGGCAAAUUUGAACUAUUAUGCUUAAGAAAAGUACGAAAUAUUUCAAUGUUUCAACCGUCAUUUUGUUUUCUUUAAAAAACUAUAAUUUAAAUCAAUCGCAUAAUAAGUAUAUUUCUAUUAAUUCAUAUUUAAAAUUAAAUACAAUAUAUACAAUAUAA